AGUCAUGCCGUCCAAGGGCCCUCUGCAGUCCGUGCAAGUCUUCGGACGCAAGAAGACGGCCACAGCCGUGGCGCACUGCAAACGGGGCAACGGCCUCAUCAAGGUGAAUGGGCGGCCCCUGGAGAUGAUCGAGCCGCGCACGCUGCAAUACAAGCUACUGGAACCUGUUCUGCUUCUGGGCAAGGAGCGAUUUGCUGGGGUGGACAUCCGAGUCCGAGUGAAGGGUGGUGGUCACGUGGCCCAGAUUUACGCAAUCCGCCAGUCCAUCUCCAAAGCCCUGGUGGCCUAUUACCAGAAAUAUGUGGAUGAGGCUUCCAAGAAGGAGAUCAAAGACAUCCUCAUCCAGUAUGACCGGACCCUGCUGGUAGCUGAUCCCCGGCGCUGCGAAUCCAAAAAGUUUGGCGGUCCUGGUGCCCGUGCUCGCUACCAGAAAUCCUACCGAUAAGCC